GUCAAGAGUGUGGUAAAGAGUGAUGACAUAGGUUUACUUUUCACAUUAGACUCUAGACUCUAAAUCAGCUUUCAGUAACGAGUCCAAAAAGCCAUUUUCUUCGGCUACCGUGCUACAAGAUGAGGAGAAGAGUGGAUGAAGCUGCUGGGUCUGAACAGACUGAGAAGAAACCAGCAAAAGGCAAAAAGGCUGUGGAAGCGCGAGCGAGGUCUUCAUGGAAAGUGUGGCUGAAAUGGACGUUUCUAGCCCUCUGUGUCCUAUAUGUGGUCACUCCGUUUCUACUGAGGCUGUUUCCUGGCAUUGUACAGCACCUGGUUUAUUCACAUGCAAUAUUGUACUUCGUUGACCUGAGCCGUCCUGCUGACCUUGGUCUAAACCACACCGUUAACAUGUACCUGACCUCAGAAGAGGGGGUGACACUAGGCGUGUGGCACACUGUCCCUGAGAACAAGUGGAAGGAGGCCCAAGGGAAAGGGCUGGACUGGUACGAGAAGUCUUUGGGUGAUGGAUCGCCUGUUUUCAUCUAUCUUCAUGGCAACACAAAUAACAGAGCAGCCCCCCAUCGAAUAGCAGUUGCAAAUAUUCUAAGCUCUCUUGGCUAUCAUGCAGUGGUUAUGGAUUACAGAGGAUUUGGAGAAUCGACUGGUGAGCCCACAGGAUCUGGACUGUUCAUUGAUGCCCUCUACCUGUACCACUGGGUAAGGGAGCGUAGUAAGGGCAGUCCACUGGUCAUAUGGGGUCACUCAAUAGGCACAGUAGUAACAACUAACCUUGCAGUGAAACUACAAGAGCAAGGAAACCCUGCUGAUGGAGUGAUACUUGAAGGUGCAUUUACACAUACAUUACAAAAGAGAUACGCCCAUCCUUUUGCAUGGUAUUACUGGAAGUUUCCUUACAUUCAGUACUAUUUCCUGAGCUUACCCAAAGAAAAGAAAGCCCCCGUGCCAAAUGACGAGAACUUGAAGAAAAUGAGGACGCCUCUUCUGAUGCUUCAUGCUGAAGAUGACCAAGUGGCACCAUUUAAAAUGGCUCAGGAGCUUUACAGCAUAGCCAGAGAAGCCCUGAAGUCAGACAAACGAAUCAAACUGGUGUCGUUUGAAAGAUCUCUUAGAUAUGGUCAUAAUGGAGUCUACAGAGACCCUGCUUUACCAGGCAUCGUAAGGGAGUUUGUGCAGACACUGGCAGCAUAACUACGUGGUGCAAAGGAAGGGUGUCUGGGACCAGAUCAUGGCCUUCAACAUUACUGUCACAUAUUCUAAUCCAUGACACAUUCUACUGUGGAGAUCAUAGGUAGUAGAUAUAAUAGACUUCAUCAUCCACUACACUGUAAUUCCUUCAUAGUCUGCAGGACAGUAAAUGAGUUCUGUCAUGUCUAGUAACUUCUAAUAUAAGAUGUAAUGCACUUUUUAGUUACGAUAGAAUCAAGCUUUUUCAUUUUUAAAUGAUUUUUAGUUAUUCUACUUCUUACACUGGAUUGUUGAAUGGGCACUUCAUAAGCACGGCAAAUAUAUGAACAGAUAAAAUAAAGGAAAAGUUUUAAAGUAA